AUUUGUCGACUUGUAUCUCUUUGGUUUUCUGUUGCUGAAUGCUCAAAGAGCCUACCUUCAGGAGCUCUUCCUAUUAGCUCAUCAUGCAUUGAACGUAUUCACCAUUUGCUUGCACAAUUGAUACCUAGAAUCAGACCCGACAAGUUCCUUCCACUUACACCUCAGCUUUUUGUCCGCCUCAGUUCGCCUUUUGGUCCUGGUCCAGAGUUUAAACCUCUCAGCGACUCGAUCCAGUCUCAUGCUAGAGAAGCUCCAGAUGGCCUGCUAAAGCAACCGUUAGGUGCCUCAUCAGCUGUACCCGACCCGGAGAAAAUUUAUCCUCAGUCGGAAGCUGCUACCUUGCGGCCUAACUUUCAGUCUAUUCUGACAAAGGUAUUUGAUUAUCGUGAGGCCAAUAUUUAA